UUCUCUGUGCUUUAACGCUGUGAUCCGUGGGGUUUCGGCACCACUUUUGUAUGAACGGUCAUGGCGUAAAUGAACGUUUUUAAUUCAAGUCUUUAUAUAUAUAUUUUUUACACUGUAGUUCCAUUAGCUAUGUUAGUGAGGACGCGUUUAAAAACGGCGUGUCUUUGGAGAGAUUGAGACGGAUUUAUUUGUGAUUUCCUGUGCAGUUUCCUGUGUGGACAUCUUUAAUAAGUGCUGUGAGAUGAAGAGAGUCAACAGCUUCCAAAGGUGCUGUUUGAUGGGAGUGUACACCGUGUCCCUGUGCGUGUUAGUCGGCUCACGGAAUCAGCCCCGUCCUCAUUUCUAUUCUCUCCUGAAUCUCACAGCUGCAGUAAAGUCUUCUGGUGUACAUUAGAGAUGGUCCACAUCAGGCACACACAGAUCUUCUGCUCCUUUUCCUCCAUUCAUGGUGUAAUGCUGCUGGAGUCUGUGUUCGGUUCAGAUUCAUGAACAGAAGAGCUGCUGCUAACUGCCGUUACCAACCCACAAGCUACGAGCAUGCAGCAAACUGCUACACACACGCGCUGGUGAUUGUGCCUGCUUUCGUGGGCAUGACCCUGCUGCACCGUCUCUCAGAUGAUCGGUGGGAGAGGAUCACAGCCUUGGUGUACGGCCUUGGCCUCUGUGCGCUCUUCCUCAUCUCCACCAUCUUCCACAUCAUCACCUGGAAGAAGAGCCACAUGAGGGCGGUGGAGCACUGCUUCCACAUGUGUGAUCGAGUGGUCAUCUAUUUCUUCAUCGCUGCCUCAUACACACCCUGGUUAAACCUGAGGGAACUAGGUCCUCUGGCGUCUCACAUGCGCUGGUUUGUGUGGCUAAUGGCGGCUGCUGGAACCAUCUAUGUGUUCAACUACCACGAGAGGUAUAAACUGGUGGAGCUGGCCUUCUAUCUGACCAUGGGCUUCUCACCUGCCCUGGUGGUGACCUCGAUGACGAACACAGACGGUCUGUAUGAGCUGGCGUUUGGUGGGAUGAUCUACUGCAUGGGCGUGGUCUUCUUUAAAUCGGACGGCGUCAUCCCGUUUGCUCACGCCAUCUGGCACGUGUUCGUCACGCUGGCCGCCGCCGUGCACUACUACGCUAUCUGGAAAUACCUCUACCGCAGCUCAACUGCUGAUGAGGUCAGGCACGUGGCUGACCUCUGACCUGUCUCCUACACACAUACGCAGACAUGCACCGAAGGUCAUCUCACCUGCAAGAUCUCGAGAUCUUCGUCGUAACCAUUUCCACCAAGAGGUGCUCAUCAUCUACUCGAGUUUACCGACACGACCUCCGAUUGUUUACUAGCCGCCUGGAGAACAGAGUGUGUUUGUGUUGUGUGGAAUAAGUUUCAUUUCUUUUCCUUUUUCACCAGUAUUUUUUUUUGCACAGAUAUUAAACAGAACAGCGGUUUGACUCGGACCGUCCAUUUUACCAGAAAUAAGGAAAGGACAGUUUGUCCUCAGAUGUAGUCGAUCGGCUAAGACACGAGUCGUACUGAAGAUACUAGACACGUCGAGGUCCUCGGACUGCUGCGUCUGUUAAAGCUUGAUGGAGGUGACGUCGGUAUGCAGUCAAACCCACGAGGCUAAACUGGUUGCUAUGACGGUGGCUUCCUCUCAGCCGGGGUUCGACCCGCCUUCGUUUCUGGUUGAUUUCCUCCUUUAGAUCGCACUUCUGUGUUGUCUGUCAUACGAAUGUGUUUUUGUCUUCAGAGCAACUCUGCACACGCACAUUCCACUUUUCACCAGAUGUUUACCUUUCGCUCGCGUCGAGACUCUCACGUCGCAGAGCCCAUGCCUUAUUCUUCUUCUCAUCUCCCAGACGUUCUCGUCUGACUCUGAGUGAGUUCGUCCCCACUGUGGAGAUCACGUCUUUCUUCCCAGCUCAUUUCUUUGCUCUUCGUUAGUUCUGUGGUUUUAUGAACCGAGAGGCGUUUUAUCAUCAGCGGAUAAACCGGCGGUUGUGCUAACGUGCAUCGUCACGUCCUAAUCGGUCGUCGGCUGCGUCUCAAAUCACACACUUAUGCGCUAUUCUACUGCACUGUGUAGUGUGCUUUUCAGACCCUCGGGGCUACUAGUCGCUGAGGCUGAGUGAGAAACAUUUCAAGACACCCGAUGACACUCGGGUAGACAAACUUUUAGCUAACUCUGUGUGAUCUAUUGGACAGUAUUUAUAAGGUUCGUACCCCAGACCCCAUACCCCUAGAAUAGAGAGUGCACAUUGUGUAGUAGGUGAUUUGGGACGCAGCUCUAGCGUGUAGCGGCUUCUUAAGGUUACAGACCGCUAAACGAGACCAAACUGUUCAUCAGGCAGCUUUUCUGAUCGUCGGACGUGGCCUCAGUCCUGAAUGUAGGAUUUAAUGUAACUAACGUGCAUCGCUGCCUUGCUUGUAGUUUAGCGAUCUCGCUUCAGCUAACUGCUUUUCACUUUUAACUUCAGAAUCUUACGCAGCUACGUGAACAGCGAACAGACCGCUAGCUGCACCGGUGACCUUCACCACGUCAUCAACAAUCCCAAACACACCCGAGUUAACGAGAGAGCAAGUCAUCUCAGUAGCGCCUGGUCCGUCUGACCCCCCCACCCCCCCCCACCCCCACUUUCUCUCUCAGCUCGUGACUUGUGUGCUGGUUCUGUCUGUAACAGCAGGCGUAAAUAUCGUCAGCAGUAUUUAAGAGACAUUCAUGGUUUCCUGAAACGGAAGCGUGAAAGAACUUUUGUUGUUUUGUUUUUUUUAGAUGAAAAACCACUUUGUGUUGAUAUUCCAUUAAACUUCUUUUUUUUUUCUUCUUCUCCAUUGUCCAUAUUUCCAUCGCUAGUUCAGGGAUCGAAGCCUAGCAUGUAGCGUGUAACUCGAACCACCGGGUUUUCACACCGACCUCAUUUACGUUCACUUACUUAGUGUUAGAAGUGACAUGUAGCUAAUUCUGUUACUCAUCAUACAGGCCACGCCCAUGCCACGCCCACACCACGCCCUCCCACAGCUGCGCUGGGCGAGACGUGGUGACCGCGGCGUCUCGUAUCGUUCACUAAAGCUCGACGAAAUAAAACGAUUCCCUUUAUUGAAAUGAAUCAUGCAAGAUGGAGAAUUCUGAGAUACGCUGCUUUUGUUGUUUGUUGUGUUUGUGUUUGUGUCAGUAUUUUUAUUCCAAAACUCUGGAUGAUGAUGAUGAUGAUGAUGAUGAUGUGAUUAUUUUCUGUGUACAUUUUCUUUUCCUCUUUAAUGUCACUGUGGUGAACCAACAUGAGCUCAAAGAUGUGCUUUUGAUAAACUCUUCAUCCUCUGACCAGCUCCAGCAGGACGACUUUUAUAAUAUUUGUACUGUAUAUUUUCAUCCUGGCACAUAUUUCUACACAGAGAGAGAGAGAGAGAGAGAGAGAGAGAGAAAGAGAGAGAGAGAGAGAGAAAGAGAGUCUGGUUCUCCUCCUGAUCUACUCAGUGUCCGGUGCUGUACAUGUCGACUCUGUGUCUGAUUCUUAAUAAAUCACAACUGCUUUAAAUGCUG